GUCUGGGAUAACAAGAAAUCCAGUGUUGAGGAUGUAAACCUCAUUUUCUGCACGUUUCCUCUAUGCUUACUAAGAGUAUUCUGUCUACUUCAGAGAAGGUUAUAUGAGCCUUCAAAAACGUGUUUAAUGCUCUAUGGUCGGGUCAGGGCCCCUCGAUGGUCGGACCGAGGCUCUCGAUGAUCGGGUCAGGGUUCUCGUAGAUGAGAGCAAUGUGGCGGUUGCUCAGCACUAGGUAACGUUCAGAUCUGAACGUCUAACACUGGCAGUGUGAGAAUGGGUUCGAGUAUACAAGAAGUAUUGUGGAGAAAUUUUCUGCAACCCCUAGGGGAGAUCGACGCCCUCUGGGGGGUGGAGAAAAUUUUUCCACAGGUGUUUAGGUGGCUCCGCUAAAUGACUAUUAUCUUUACUGAAUGUUACUUAACUGUUCUUUGUUAUAAGAAUUCAUUAUGUUCUUCACUAUAUCCUCUGUUAUAGUCAUUUCCAAUAUUCUUCGCUAACGACCUGUACGAGUCAUUCAGCACAGGGAGCAGCGGAGGCUCGCUGCUCGGUCCAGUAAGCUCGAGAGACACGUGUACUCGACUAGUUUUAAUGAAGUCAACAAAUAGGUUGGAGCUUCUGCAUUCUCUCUAAUGUUUCUGCCACUUGUUGGAACUCUCACGAAAGUCGAGGUAAUUGAGGUUCGUUUUCCAUAUACGCGUAGUUAAUAGGUAGGGUAAUACAAGGAUCCCGUAGUAAAGCAAGCUUUUAUUGCGCAAUGCUUCGCUCAUCUCGGAGCUAAACGUUGCAGGUCAGUAACUUUGUAUAACCCUUCUUGUAGGCAUUUUGCCUUCCAGCCUUCAGGUUAGGUUAGUGUAUUUUGAGUUGCUCUUUGAUGAACCUGGCUGCAGCUUGUAGACAGGCAGCCACCCUCACUUAAGUUCGCACUAUCUGACAGACUACCUCCAUGCUUCUGUUUAAUUUCAGGUAUCAUGUAAGCUUGCUAGGGAGUUGUGGUCCAUUACUGAGGCGUAGUAGUAGCUUUUUGAUGUGGUGGUGACUUCUCUGUUUGUGGUGGUGGCUUCUUAGUAUGUGGUGGUAGCUUUUUAACCUGGUGGUGGCGGCUUCAUAGUGUGUGGUGGUAGGUUGUUGAGGUGUUUGGGUGACUUUUUUUUUAUGUGAGGCUUGGGAUGACCUGGGAUCACGCAGGAGGGUCACAUAUUACAGUGAAGAGAGGAGGGUGUGUGUUGUGGGCGCGGAGAAGGCACAUGCCAGAUAGCAGUGGAGCUAUUUGAGUCUAAGGGGGUGUUGGUUGGCACGGGGCACCAGUGGCACCGUGACACUGCCUGGGGCCACACCGUACCACUGUGACUGUAGGGGGACACCACGUAGCUACCUUCACUGGCCCCCUCUCCCCAUCCUUUCGUGGUCACCAUCCUGAGUGUCAUGUGUGUGUAAUUAGUGGUGUCAGUGUGUAUCAAGACUCGAGGUGUCAUGGAGCGUCGGGACUCUGACAGUGAGGUGGAGGGGGAGUCCUUCUCUGAGUGUUACACCGAUCUGCCGUCCGAUGAUAGCACUUCCUCGCCAGGCCAGCACCGCCAGUCGCUGGCUUCGGAAGUGCACGCUGGACUCCCCAAGUCGCCUGGACCGCAACACCUGCUGCGUCCCAAGUCACCACACGGCAGGGAAUUUCUACGUAGGUCAGGUUCCAAGCGGCAGGCACCUCAGCCACCCAGCAGACCUCCUCUCAGCACCACACCUGUACCUACGAUACCCAUGCUCAUCAACUCUCCGGUGUCCAGUACCUUAGUCGUACCCAGUAGCUCAGGCGCACCCAGCAACUCAGGCGUACCCAGCAACUCAGGCGUACCCAGCAAUUCGACCGCAACCAGCAGCACUCCUGCACCUACUACUAUAUCCGUACCCAGCCACUCGGCCGUAUCUACUACCAUACCCGAGGCCAGCGAGCCACCCGGCUCCAUCAAGAGUGCUCACCUACAGAUAACCUCAGUGUCAGAGCCAAGACAGUCAGUGCCACACCAGCCUCCAGAACACACUCACCGCAUCGUCACUCAGUCAGUGCAACCUGCCAGUUCCCAGGCCUUCCAUGGUGCCGCAACUGUCUCCACCCCUCACACCUUAACCCACACUCGCCCCAUGUCUCCCUCUCGCCCCAUGUCUCUACCUCGCUUCAUGUCUCCAUCUCGCCCCAUAUCUCCACCUCGCCCCAUAUCUCCACCUCGCCCCAUGUCUCCACCUUGCCCCAUGCCCCCACGGUUGCCGACAGGCGUGGAGAAGGUAGCACCCCAGACGCCCAUACGAUCAGAGUCCUCACAAUCUACGACAAGAAACUUCAACAACCUUGUUAUUAGACUUAUAGAUGACGAAUCCGACUCUGAUACUUACCAGUCCGAAUCAUUCGAUGAGCACAUUGUGUUUCAGAAUAUUCCUACCCCCGGGAGACCUCAGGUCACUGGAGGUCAUCAGGUGAACCAUGCAGUGACCCCUUCACCCCACCAGGUCAUGACCUCUCCAUCACCUGUAAUAAUGACUUCAACGCUUGUAACUCCGCAGUUACAACUGCUAACUUCUCCCGCACAGGUCACAACUGCCUCUACACAGAAUCUUACACCUCGGACACUAGCUGUAGUUAAUAAUCCCAAGCAGAAAGUCAGAGCGGAUCUCGUCGAAAAUAAAGACAUUGUGUAUGAUAACGAUUUCGAUUUUUCCGAGAGUUUCGACGAGUCUCCCAACGCGUCGUGUGUGGAGAACGAAUCUGAGAUGUUCCAGGGUGGAAACCAACAUGUUUUGACUCGGGGUCGAGCUAAGGCACUCAUGCACUCGGCGUCUGACCCGGGAGUAUCACGACCGCGGUGGCAGCACCUUCAGCAGCACCCGCGAGCCCCGGGUCUUGCUGUGCCUCCGCCGCUUGAUCAGCUCAGCGAAGAAGAGGCAGAAGACACGGACUAUAACAGCUACCAGGAUAUUCCGCGAGGCAGAUUACAGCGGACAGACUCCUUGGUGACUGUGGCACACCUGUACGAGGACCUGCUGGUGUCUACCCGUUUCAGGUUACGCGUGACCCUCACCAACUUGACGGUAGUGGUGGUGGCAGCGGCACUAGUCGUCCCCAAUACAUCAACCAUUCUCUACACUGCAUUCAGAUUAGUGUUUGGGACUCUGUUCCCAGCCUACUACUCCUACAAGGCAGUCAAGACUAAAAACGUUAAAGAAUACGUAAAAUGGAUGAUGUACUGGAUUGUGUUUGCCUUCUUCACAUGUUUCGAAACACUAACCGAUCUCUUCUUAAGUUUCUGGUUUCCUUUCUAUUACGAGCUGAAGAUCUUGGUUGUGCUGUGGCUCUUGUCUCCAGCCACCCGGGGCUCAUCCAUUUUGUACCGCAAAUUUGUACAUCCAUGGUUGACCCGUCGAGAAGAUGACAUUGAUAACUGCAUUGCUCAGGCAAAGCAGCAAGGUUACUCCACUGUUAUACAGCUUGGCACCAAGGGAGUUAAUUAUGCUACCACGGUUUUAAUGCAGACCGCAAUUAAGGCAAGUCAAGGAAACCAGGGAGGUGGUGGUAUUGUGAAUCAACUGCGUCGUAGUUACAGCUCUGGUGAACUAGCAGAUGAAGAUAUGAAUCGUAAUGUUAAGGCUUUGCCACACAUUCCCGAUGACGACUAUGACGAUCGCAAUCACUCCUCAGGAUCAUACGAAGGGGAACCACGUAUUCGUGCUGAAAGUGAUGCUGCAUACAAACCUCGAGGAUCAUCAGCAAGUCGUGUUGUGCGGUCCAGCAAGACCAGAUCAGCAGAUGUAUCUGAAGUUUAUUACCAGGAUGUGGCAGACGAAGGCAUCCAGCGCAGACGUUCCCCGCGCACUCAGGACACAGCCAGUGCUGAAGCCCAACCUUCUUUAAUAAGAUCUCAGCCUACGCUACACUUCCAAGAACCGCUAGCAAAAGGACAACCACGAAAAAGAGGCAAGUCUGAGAAUCGACCCAGACCAAAAUCAAUGAUCAAUGCAGCAGAUGUGACUCGUGGUGCAGAAUGGGCUCGAGCUCAGCGAGUUGGGUCCACCGUCUCGCUGAAUACAGAGCUCGAGUUAUCUGAGUCAUCGUCUCACUCUUCUUUAGCUUCAAUUGCUUCCUCAUCUCCGGGACAGCAUUCAGUUCGACCAAAGACUCGAACGGGCUCUACGCGUCGACCAAGAGUCAAUUCUCAAGGUCGAAAAGUAACAGGAACACUAUCACGGUCUUCGUCCCGUUCCCACACAAGUGUUGUUAAAAAAGGAGGAUCAUUGGAGGCUGGAUCUGAAUCAGAGUAAACAAGGCUCCAAAACAAUUGAAUGGUUACAAUUGUUAAUGUGAUUAAUAUCUCUUAUAUGGUGUUAUGAACUGUGAUGUAGCAGCUUUUUGGAGAUACUGUAAGUGCAGAUCUGUGCAAACAGGCUUAAAUGCCACAUUUUGCAGGUGAUAUAUAACUGGAAUAUUUUUCUGUUAUUUUCUAUAGAGAGAGUGUAAUGAUUUAGUUCUAGAAAUUCCUUAAAUUUCAUCUUCCUUUGAAAAGUCUGGUUGUAAGUGCACUAUAUUUUAUACAAGAUUUACUACAUCUGUUAAAAUAAUACAUGAAGAUAUUUCAGCAACAUCUUUGAUCAUGAUAGCCGAAACAGUGUAGUUCAUAAGGAUAAGGAAGACUAUAAGUGCUCUAUUGUCAUAUGAUGAAAGUGGAAACAUAUUUAGUGGAUUAAUUCUUAUAUUACUUUUAAUAUUUGUACCUCUUAUUAAACCAAAAGCAUGAGUAACAAUAGAGGAACACCUUAUUUUCUAAAUGUUUUUAAACAUUACUCUCUUCAAUGCUUGACCUUUUAAGCACCUUGUAUCAAGCUCAGUUGAUCAGUGUUGCACAAACUAGAAUCUCUCUUCUUGCUUAAUGUGUCACCUUAAGAGGAUUUGUGGUCUUCCUUUUAUUUGAACAGUGUUCAUCAUUAAUGAUUGUACAUAUAUAAACACACACUCACACACACCUAAAAGCACGGAUGAUUAUUUUUUCUGAUAAACUGAAUAACUAAAUAUUAAAUUAUCUUAAAGGUUCUACAUAAAAGCUUCUAUACGUAUUUGUAUUGAAUCUAUUAUACGUAAGGUACAACAGUUUCUUGUGCAACUUUUGGUGACUUGAAUCAAACUUAUCCUGAAAAUUAACUUUAUAUUUAGUUUAUUUUGUAACACAAGUUAUAUAAAAUGGAUCAAUUCACUAAAAGUUAAUGAACAAUUUCACAAGAGCUGUUUAUCUACAUUGGUAUUAUUUCUUUGCAUUGAUUAUAACUGUUUUUGGUUAUAAAAAUAAGGCUGUUAAUAAUAUAGGUGCAUUUGUAUAUAUGAUAUUGUUAUAGCACCAUUUAGAAAGAUAUUCAUUGAAUAUACAAUUAAUUAUUUUCCAGAUUCUUUAAUUCAACAGUCAUAUAUAAUAAGUAAUUGGCAAUGAUGAUGGGCUAUAUAACACAUUAUGACACUGUUCAUGUAUAGAAAGUAAUGAUUAGUAAAGAUAUCAGGAACAGAGCUUUAGAGACUUUAAGGUGAUUGACAUGCAUGAUAAUAGCAAAACUACUGUACAGAUGUCUGGACAAGUCACACAUUAGUGUAUUGGUGUAGUGAUGUAGUUGUCCUAAUACCCUGCUCAUCUAGGCUUGGCAGAUCAAAUUCAAAAGUUUUUCUUGGUUCAGUCUAAUUGUUCAAUAGAAGUAUUUUGUACUUAACUGUAGAGAUCACAAUAUAUAAAGUGAGCCAGUGUCCGGACCAAGGAAAGCUUCUUGCUUAAAAAUAGAGUGUAUCCUCUACCUCGACUGAGCAGCAUUCUCAUUUUCUAAGUAGCUUCACAGUAGAAGUUGUUUAGAAUACAAUUUUAACAACCCCUUGUUUCAUUUUGAUGUAUUAUAAAAAGCUCAAAACUGUGAUGUCAUCAUUGCUCUCUGUCACAGCAACUUUUACUUUAAAACUGCAAAAGAAAACAGUGUAUACAAAAUGACUGACUCACAUUAAGAUGGCCACUUUGGAGCUUUAGGGGUUUAUGUGCCAUUGCUAUCACUUAUUAAGAACAUGAGGUGUUAAUCUACUCUCAUAUAUCAAAGAAAUACUCUUAGGUUUCCAGUUAUAACAUGUAUAUUACACAAUGUUGUAAAGUUGGAUUUUUAUUAUGGGAAUUUCCAGUCCCCUUAUAGUUGUAAAGAAUAUAUUGUAUCCUUAUUUUAUGUUAUGUCAGUAUGACUGUUUUAACGUAAAUAAAGAAUGAAAGGA